UUACUAUCAGCCUCCGUACACUUGAAAGGAUUUUACACAACAACCGACUUUGGCGCAGAAAGAACAAAACAGAGGUGGGAGAGGUGGCAGCUUUUAUACAAGCACAAUUGGCAACCUCAGGACAGUGUCAUGGGUAUCGUUGGAUGCACCAGAAGUGUUGGAUGAAUGGCAUUGUUACUGACAGAGAAACCGUUCGUCUUCUGCUCCGUUUAUUCGAUGGAGAAGGUGUGGAUUUGAGGUCACGUAGACGACUGCGGAGGCGAGUGUAUCAUAGCAGAGGCCCCAACUAUGUGUGGCAUAUCGACGGCUACGAUAAACUGAAGCCAUUUGGGAUUGCAAUCAGUGGAUGCAUUGACGGAUUUUCAAGGAGUAUAAUAUGGCUAGACGCUUACAAGACAAAUAAUGACCCGAGAGUAAUUGCUGGCUACUUCAUGGAUGCCGUGAUUCAACAAGGUGGUUGCCCUGAUCGAGUGAGAUUAGAUCUAGGAACAGAAAACGUCCAUGUGGCUCACAUGCAACGAUUUUUGCACUUUACAGACAAUGAACCAGAAAGAGAGCACGUCAUAUUUGGAGCAAGUACAGGAAAUCAACGCAUUGAAAGAUGGUGGCUAAUCUUACGAAGCCAGUGUAUCCAGUACUGGAUUGAACUAUUUGACAAACUAAGAGAGGAUGGCCACUUCUCAGACUCUUUCUUGGACAAAUCAUUGGUCCAGUUCUGUUUUCUUCACAUUAUACAGGAAGAAUUAAAUGAAGUUGCUUUGGCCUGGAAUGACCACAGAAUGCGCCCAGUCCACAACUCCCGAAGUCCUCAUGGCCGACCAUCUUUUAUGUAUGCCCUCCCAGACAUUUAUGGCGCGAGGGACUGUCUCAAACAUGUCAAUAUGGACAAAGUUGAAGCCUGCCUUGAAGAAUGCGUGUUCAAAGACUUUCCAUGUGAAGAGGAUGUCUUUCAUCUCUGUGUAGAACUCAUGUCAGAACAUAACCUGGACUUCUCAGAUGAUGUGCUUCAUACAGUGGAUCUGUAUGUAAAGCUAAGGCAGUUGAUGCUUACUGAGUUGGAGCUUUUGCCUUAA